ACAACCAUCUUGGUGCCCAGUGAAUGACCAUGCCCAUGAUGAACAUUGUAUCACAAUACAUUCAAGAAGUGAACAAUACCAAAAAGCUACCUCCCCAUGAUCAAAUCACACAAUUGUCCGUCCUUCUUUCAAUCGAUCCCAGGAUCAACCACUACAUAAAUGAGAUUCACAAUAGUCAACAAGCCAUACCGUCGGACAUAACCACCGCCUACGACGACGACUGGUCAGCAUUCAGUAUUGUCGUAUCGAGCUUUCUCAAAUUGAGCCACGAACUUGAUCCCUGGUCUCUUCUCGUGUCAUUUGACUUGUACACUUCUUACAUCUCUGACUUGUCGGUGGCAUUCAGCAACAACCGGUACGGCUGGUUGUUGAGUAACGUCAUUAGACAAACCAUCAACCAAAUCAUACCCUGGGCUGUAAAGAUGGACUUGCAGUUAUAUUACCAAGAACAUGGAGGAAAAUACCGGUUGAACUAUCUUGCCUCGAUUCUCUUGAAAAUGUUCAAUAAUAUAAGAUCACAGAUUAAUGAUAUAAACAAGCACAAGAGGGAUAUCAUAUUGUACCUUGGCAACAAGUUGUGUUUUAUAUAUACCCGGAUCAACCAGCCGUUAUUGUGCCGGAACAUAUUCAGUAAUAUGAACAACACCAACUUGAACUUGCUGGAUUUUAAACCUAUUGAACAAUUACAGUACCGGUACUACCUCAGCAAGUUUUACUUGAUAAAGUAUCAGCUAUUGGAUAGUUUCAAUCAUUUACAAUGGUGUUUACUAAAUAUCAAUACCUCCAGUGUCAAAAACUUACGAUUAGUGCUCGAGUUGUUGCUUCCAGUCAGUUUAAUUAUUGGGAAAGUACCCAAUUUCGCCUAUGUUAGACAACUACUCCCGCCAAAAGACCAAUGGUGGAUGGAAAUGUAUUAUCAAAUGUCAUUGCUCAUCAGAUUAGGCGACAUACACGGCUGUCUCCGCUUGAUCGAGUCAAACCACGAAUACCUAAAACUGAAUAACAUACUAUUGUUACUCCAAAAUAAGUUGCAAAUCCUCAUGAUGAGAAACUCAAUCAAGCAGAAAUGGAUAAUGUUGAAUAAACCAAGCACGUUAGAUUACGACUCCAUAAAGCUCGAAGAUAACGAUGACGAUUACAUUAUUGAAAACGUGUUGAUUACGCUAAUUGAUCAGAAUUUGGUCAAAGGAAAGAUAUUCACGCGGUUAAGAAAAGUUGCUCUUAGUAAAAACGAUCCGUUCCCUAAUGUGUUUGAGAUUUACAAGGUGAGGUUCUUGACCAAUGUCGAUAACAAGUGGAUGUAACAAAAGUCUAGAUCUAAGGUAUGACGUUCUAGACGCGCACAAAGUACAGGCUCAUACUCUUAUCUCAUACGAUGGAAAAGUUCAAAACUAAGGUUACGAUAGAUACGGUUGGAAUCUAGUUAGCCCAUGCGCUAUCCGCUGGUCCUGGAUACGUAUGACUUGCUGAUGCAAGGGGGGGGUGUAUUACAGUUGCAUGGGUAACCAAUCACAGAGUCAACUCCGAGAGCGCAUAAUGUAUAGUAUUGCUUUUGUAGACAACCCCUUAUAGGGUAGCAAUGUAAUAUAUAUAUAUAAUCGUACUCGUACUGCAUAUUCAAACAUUCUAGAUUCAAGUUUAAGGCAACGUUUGCAGCUUUCGCUUAAUUGGGUUACUAUAUAAAUAUACUAUAAAUAGAAAUU